AUGGGCGCACGUCGGAAACAUGCGCAUCUUCGCCUCACAGAGGAGAUGUUUUGGCGUUUGCCUUCACUUUUUCCGGGGAUUUCUUAUUUUAUUUUAUUUUUCUUGCCGGGGCAGGAAUUCUUCCUUGUGGAAGUACUCGAUGAAGCGGGCUGCCACCGGCGUUUUCUGUGCCUGAGAAGACGAUGCUACGCUGGGGGUAGCGAGGGACGCGAGCAAGGCCACAGGGAUGAAAACUUCCACCGCUAUAACUUUGGCAGGGCUUGCUCUCGGCUCCACGACCAGUUGCAUCACCCCCACAGGAUGUUCUUUGAGGAAAUUUAUUGGCCCGAGGGCGGGCGCAUGCACUGGAAAACACCGUAA